AUGAAGUACUCCAUCGAUCAUCUUGCCCGAGGUAUACAGGAGAGUAACACUCUCUCCCUACAUACCCCGACUAUUAAGGAAGCCGCAUCUCGGGCUGGCUGGCGUGUGCAGAAAGAGAACCAUGUUGAAAACCAUCCUGAUGCUUUAGAUGGCAAGAGAGCAGUUGAUGAUGUGCUGUCCGAGGCAUUCCGUACGGCGAUUGCAGUCGAACCUGACGGACGUCGAAGAAGAAUCGCAGAGGUAGGUCUAUGGUUCAUCUAA